AAACACAAAAAGUGCUCUCACUUCCCCCUCUCCUCUUCAGACUUAACUGGUAAGGUUUUCUCCUCUCUCUCUCUCUCUCCCCCACUUCUCUACUUUUGCUUGAAUUCCAUAUCUCUGUUCAUCCCAUCGAACUCUUUCGAUUCUUGAUUUCGUUUUAUCAUUUCCUUAGAAUCGGUCGAAUAGAGCACUGUUUCACUUUCUCAGCUUAAUAAUUGCAUACUUGUUAGAAAUGGUCUUUUUAAAUGGCCUCUUUUCUAUUUCCAUAAUUCAGAAUAGCCCAUACAAUGGGGAGUGAAAAGCCUAGGCAUGUAGAGAAGAUACCAAACUCCAAUUUCCCAUUACAAAAUAUGGAAGAAAUCAAUUUCUGCAUUAGCGGUCAAACUGCUCCCAAUCAUGAGGUUACUGGUGUCAAUUUUACUGGUGUUGGAGCUCUUGACAUGCCCUCAAAUAUGCCAUUGCAAUUUCCUUGUUUUCCUUCAGUGGGUGUGCCACUAACUGGUAUUGAUUGGAUGACUAAUGUCUCCCAACUUGACAGUUAUAAAGAUUUCAUGUUCGACUCAUAUCCUAUAAGCAGUGUUGAAAAUAUCCCAACUGAAUAUUGUACUCUUGGAGAUGUAGCUGCUUCUGAUGGCACACAAAUGGGCAUGUUGGGUGCUGAAGAAAAUAGUUUUAGGCCUCAGCUAAUGGGAAAUUUUGGCAUCCAUGGAACUAGCAGGCCUGUGUUAUUUCAUGCUCAAUAUGGUAAUGAAAUUAGAAAUAUCUAUAAUGCCACAAAGAGUGCAGGUCAAUCGGAUUAUCCUGAAAUGCUCGAUGGGAGUUUUCUUACUUUAGGAGUUGGAACUAAUACUGAGGUCAGAUCCUUUGAAAAUGACAUGUCUCUUGAUCCACAACCACAACUAAAUGCUUCCUACGAGGAAAACACCUAUAAAAGUCACUUCAAUGAAGUAGGUGGAUUUCCCAGUCUAGCUCAAAAUGCAGGUGAAGUUUCUAGUCUAGGACAAAUUGAUGGACUUGAAAGUUUAAUUCAGAAUGCUGGUGAGAUAUCUAGUACAAUGCUGAGUGGGGAUGAACUUUCUAGUUUAGUGCAUGAUGUGAGUAGUUCAUUGGGUCCGGUGCAGACUCUGGGUAGGUUUUCCUUGUCUGAAAAGAGUUUUGGAGUUACUGUUGGUGCUAGCUCAAGUUUAAGUUCAAAUCUAUUGCACAUGCUACAAACCUCACAAAUUGAUCAAGGUGAACUAUUAUCAAGUAUGCAACAGAAUGUUGGACUUAAUGGUCCAGUGCAGAAUGCAGGUCAGAUCUCUAGUAUAAAGCCAAAUGAGACUGAAGUCCCUAAUUUAGUGCACAAUGCGAGUAGAUCAUCAAGUCUGGUCCAGAAUGCAGGUAACAGUCUUGGAUUUACAGGUGGUGCUAACUCAAGUUUAAACCCAAAUCUGUUGCAUAUGCCACCAUCCUUGCAAAAUGAUCAGCAACACCAUUUUCUUAAGCCAAUAGAUGAGGAAUUUGAUCUUAUGGGGAGUAGGACGUCAAGGGUUGGAUAUCAGAAUCCCAAUAAAGGCUUUUAUAGUUUUUCUUGUACAUCUUCAAUACCACAUAACAGCAACCAGACCACACUGCCUGGUUCAGGACAGCAGGGUAUGGCUGCAUGGCUGCCAUUAUCUUCUUUUAUGAGUCAAACUACUAAACAGACCUCUGACCAACUACGAAAGUUUAACAUGGGAACAGCACAGGUCUCCCAGUCUCUGGCAUCCUUGGUUUCUGCAGUUGGAAUCACUGGAAAUGCAACCAGUCAAGAUCAAUCAGUUCAAAAUCAUCCACAUUCUCAGUGUACUGUUCAGACUAUGAAAGGUGGACCACUUCCAAGGAAGCUAGAGGUCCAAUAUGUUGGCAACAUUUGUCAAUCUCAAGCCACUCAUCAUCUACAGGCUUCGGAUAAGCUUCUUAUUCAUGAUUUUACACCUGGGCAAGAAAUUCCGGUUGAAAGCAUAAGCACACCUUAUACUUCUAAUGAUGUUGCUAGAGCAUCUAUCAAGAGGAAAGUUAUCCAACCUCCUUUAGUUGCUCCUCAUGUGCAAUGCAAGAAGACAGCCCUUGCAGCACCUCUAAGUGCUCCUGUUGAUGCACCUUCCCCACCCAUGACGCAGACAGCUCAUUCUCUCCCUGCUCCUCAUGUGCAAAGCAAUGAGAAGGGCCGUGCAGCUUUUGCUAUUGCUCCUCUUGCCUGGAAUGCACCUUCCCUGCCCUUGACUCAGACAGUUCAUUCUCUCCCUACUCCUCAAGUGCAAUGCAAGAAGAAUGCCUAUGCAGCUCCUCCUAUUGCUCCUCUUGCCAAGAAUGCACCUUCUCCACCCGUGACUCAGACAACUCAUUCUCUCCGACCAUUAAUUUGCAAAGUUCCUCCCCCUUCCCCAUCGCUAGCCCAGGUUACUCAUCCUCUGCAAAGCCGGAUUUCUACUCCUCACGUAAAAUGGCAAGGUCCAAAAGUUCCCCAACUAAGUGGGUACAAUUGUUUGAUAUGCAAGAGGGAUCUUUCAUACACACCAGAAGGCCCUGUUUUGGUACCAAGCGUUCCACCCGCUGUAGCUGUUUUGGCAUGUGGGCACUGCUUUCAUGACCAAUGCUUGCAGCGAAUCACUCCUGAAGAUGAAGUUAAAAAUCCUCCUUGCAUUCCCUGUGCCCUUGGUGAGAAUUAACGAACACAUUCUCAUUCAUUUCCUCAAAUCAAUCUCCGUUUUUUGAUCAAAAUGUUGUUACAACAUCGGUUAGAACAGUUAGAAGAUGAAAGGAGAAUAUAUUUUGGAAGAUUAAAAGUUGGUAAAUUUGAUGGAAAUCUUAUGUGACACAUUUCAGGAUGAUAGUAUAUCAGACAAACAAUAUGCCACAGAAUCAUCAGAGCAUUAUGAAAUGUAUAUGUAAUAUAAUAGUGAAUACCUCCUGAUCUAAAGCAUGUUUGUUUUUUUGGAUUGGAUGGUAGGUUAACUGCAUUUAAGCCAACCUAAAGUUGCCAUGCUAGUUUAUCCAUGCUUAUUGUUGCUACUUAACCAUGUUGAACUAACUAACUUGUAAUGACAAUGAUGAUGAUGGUAUUAAUGUUGAUGUUGAUGAUGAUGCCUCCAGGUUUUUUUCUUUGUAUUAUGGUUGAAAAUGCAAUGAAGUUUCUUAAUUUCA